AUGGUGCAGACCAUCAAGGCCAUUAAUGCUCAAGUCAUAGAAGAUCCUUCUUUGACAAGGACCAUAGGUGGUCAGUCCGUCCAAGCUGGAGAAGUGAUUGUUACUUCUAUCAUUGCUGCUGGGGAUUUGGAGCUUCCCUCUGGAAAUGAGGAAGAUGAAACCCUGGCAGAACAAACUCCUAUUGAGGCUACUCCUUCUGCCAAAAGGAAGAGAAAAGAAAUUGCUCUUGUUCAGGACAGUGUCGUCCUGCCUGACAUUUCUGCUGAAAGUCCUCCUCCUCCUACUAGGUCAAAAAGACUUAGGAAGAAGACUGGUGUUGAACUUGAUGAGUCAAAAGAGCCUGUAGCUAUUCCAACCGAGACUUCUGGAAUUGAUGAUGAGCUGCGAGAGGCUUUCGAAGCUGUUGAGCAGGAGAAAAAAGAAAAAUAA